AUGGGGCGUAUGGACGUGUCGAAAAUGCGGUAUCUUGAAGGAGAACACUUCAGGAUAUUGCUAGCGGUUGAAAUGGGCAUGAAGAAUCACGAGUUGGUUCCGCUUCCUCUCAUCUCUUCUGUCGCAAAGAUUCAUCGAGGUGGCGUCACGAAAAGUCUCGCUGACUUGAUGAAAAUCGGGCUCGUUGCUUAUGAACGUGGACGGAAAUAUGAUGGAUAUCGUUUGACGAAACUUGGCUAUGAUUAUCUUGCUUUGAAAGCUUUGUGCUCGCGGGAAGUCGUCGGUUCCGUAGGAAAUCAAAUUGGAGUGGGAAAAGAAUCUGAUGUUUACGUCGGAGGCGACCCAGAACUAAAUGAUUUGUGCCUGAAAUUUCACCGCCUCGGCCGAACGUCUUUUCGAAAAAUCAAAGAGAAACGUGAUUACCAUAAGAAGAGGAAAUCUGCCAGCUGGCUAUAUUUGAGUCGACUUGCGGCUUCAAAGGAGUUUGCGUUUUUGAAGGCUCUAGCUGAGGCAGGCUUUCCAGUACCAAGACCGGUUGAUGUUUGCCGACAUCUUGUUGUGAUGGGACUUGUUGAGGGUAUGACCCUUUGUCAUGUCGAUAAAAUUGAAGAUCCCGGUGCUUUGUACGACAGGUUAAUGUGCUUGAUCGUCAAAUUAGCUCGAUAUGGACUCAUUCAUGGAGAUUUUAAUGAAUUCAAUGUUAUGCUUGUUGAGAAGGAGAAAGUUGUGCUGAUCGAUUUCCCACAGAUGGUGAGCAUGGAUCAUACCAACGCAAAGUACUAUUUCGAUCGGGAUGUGGAAUGUGUUCGAACUUUAUUCAAGCGCAAAUUCAACUACUUGUGCGAUGAAUAUCCGAAGUUUGAGGAUAUGACAAGAAAAUUCAACCUCGAUGUUCAACUAGAAGCUAGUGGUUUCACGAAGAAGAUGGCCGAAGAUCUGAAUAAAGCGUACGAUGAAGGAAACUUCCUGAUGCAUGAAGAACAAAAUAAAGAGGCCACGAGUUCGGAUGAGUCUGGCAAUGGAGAUGAGGAAGAAGUGGAGUGGGGCAGCGAAUUGAGCGAGGUCGAAGAAGAGGAUGAGGAUGAAGCCGAUGAUAUCGACAAAGAAGAGCAAGUAGCUGAGGAACAGGAGAAUAAGAAAAAGGAACAAGAGCUCAAUAAAUCGUCACGAUUCGAUUCUUGGCUUAAAGAUGCCACGUCGCAGCUAGAUGAGAUUUUGCGAACAAGAGGGAGGCGAAGAGCACAACUUAAGAUCGUGAGGCGUACAUCAAGGCACGAGAAGAAGCUGAUCAAGAGGGAAUUGGAGGCGAUUGAACGAGAAAUCGGUGGUGAUGCACAAGAGGACAAUGCAAAGCGACAAACUAAAAAGAUUAAGACUGGAACAAAAUCUGUGCGCUCGACGUCUACAUCAAUUCCCCCAGAUGAAAUCAAAAGAAGAGUAGCAUUGGAAGCAAAGCGAAAUAAGGAGAAAGUUCGUCUGAAGGUCAAGGGUCGUCAAUCUGCGGUGAAUCAGGCAACGGUGGAAAUGGCGAGCAAUGGGCACUUGUGCAAGCACAUGGCCGCCGCGGAUGCUGUGAUUCCUCCGGACUUUGAGCUUCCGGUUGAUGCGUUCGAUAUCCCGCAUUGCUACGAAGGAGAUCUGGGAGCGGUGAUUGUACCAGAAGGAAUGAUCAAGGAUCGUGUGAGGAGACUUGCUAAGGAUAUACACGCAAAAAUUGGAGACAACGAGCUGAGCUUACUCUGUGUGCUCAAAGGAAGCUACAAAUUUUUCACAGCAUUGGUUGACGAGUUGGCGUACGCUCGCUCCUCAUGCACUCAACCCAUGACCGUUGACUUUAUCAGAUGUCAGAGCUAUGAGGAUACACAAUCGACAGGUAUGAUUCAAAUCAUCGGACUCAGCAACCUUCAAGAGCUCAAAGGAAAGAACGUAUUGAUAGUUGAAGACAUUGUCGACUCGGGGCAAACGUUGGCUCGGCUGCUUCACACUCUCGAGGAAUUGGGCGUGAGCACAAAAACUUGGACGACGACCUUGUUGAGCAAAAAUGUCCCGAGAAAGGUUGAUGUGAAAGAGGACUUUGUCGCGUUUCGAAUCCCGGACAAAUUCAUAGUCGGCUACGGUUUGGACUACAAUCAGAAAUUCCGCGACCUCAACCACAUUUGCAUCACUUCUGAAGGUCCAAGCUUCAAGCAAACCGAGCAAACGCCUCUUGAUGUUAAUCAGAAGAAAGCUGACGAUUUACCUCGCAAAAAACUCUCGGCGAAACCAAAGGAUUCGCAAAAACGUCAGCGAAAGAGAAAGAAAAAAUACCACUUG